AAAAGGCAUAAUAAGAGAGAUCAAUGGAGGAGAAAAGCUUCGACUGGACUAGUAUUCAUGUGUUGUUGUCAUUAAUUUUUAUCACAAUCAUCCAUCGAUGGAUUACAAGAAAGUCUUCGUCUACAAAAGUCUACCUUAUAGACUUCUCAUGCCACAAACCGCCGGCUUCUCAGACCAUCUCCAUAGCCGAAUCCUUAACCCGAGGCAGACGCCACUGGAAAACCAUGAAACCAGAGACUUUAGAAUUUUUCAUGACCUGCAUUGAUCGGGGAGGCUUAGGCGACUCCACUUACCUUUCAGAAGGUCUUCUCAAGGACCCCGUUGAUGUCAGCCUGACCGCGGCCAGGCAAGAGAUGGAACAAGUCAUAUUUGGGGCGGUGGACAGACUCUUGACCAAGACUAAAAUAAAGUGCGAGGAUAUUGGGAUCUUGGUGGUUAAUUGCAGCAUUUUUAACCCUAUCCCAUCUUUCACAUCCAUGAUAGUGAAUCAUUACAAGCUUAAGGAUGAUAUUUGCAGUUAUAACCUUAGCGGGAUGGGUUGUUCUGCAAGCCUUCGUGCUAUUGAGCUCGCCAAACAGCUUCUACAGGUAGGAACCAAUCUAAACAUAUAGAGAUUAUUAUAUAAU